AUGCCACAUGGCUCCCAGCACCUAACUGUACUCGAGGACAUACUCGUCCGGCUGGACAAUCGGUUCCUGGAAUUCUGGAGACUAGAAAGCAUGAUGAGUGUGCCUGCCGCUGUGCAGCCAACUGCUCCCUCACAACAGAGCCCAAAGCGAAAGCCUGCGGCUCCACCUAGAAGGAAGCACCCCUCACAACGUCUGUGCAAACGGCAGGCGCAGCUCAAGCGACGGACAUCCCGAAGGCUCCCCACGAGGAUGCUGAACGCCACCAGGAAAAUCACACAGAGAUCAGCAUUGCCUAAAACCCGGCAGACAACAACUGUGCUCCAGCACUAUCACCAGGCACAUACUGGACAUACCCUGCAGAAGCUCACCGGGAGGCCUGUGCACCACCUGCCACGUAGGGGCAUUGACUGA